AUGUUCAAGUUUAAAAAUAAACUCAAGUUUGGGUCAUCAAAUGAUAAACAACAUUCACUGAACCACAACUCGAAUGCUGAAUCGGUUGAGUCGACACCCCCACCACCAGCCGGGUCGUCAUCACAACAACACUCCAAUGAUGCAUUGCUGACGCCAAAGAGGACCCCAUCCGACUCAAGAAAGACCAUUUCUGACAAUCACUUGGCAAAUGAUGUCUCAAAAUUAACUGUUAAUGAGGAUUCUCCAGAUAAACAGUCCACUUUGCAUAGUAAUUCAAGUAGCGAGAAGAAUGCUUCGCCCGGUGCGUCCACCCAAGUAGGUGUUUUACAACCACCCUCAACAGAUUCAAACACUACAUCCAAUUCGUCAAAUUACAACAACGGUUCUCCGUCAUCAUCGCACCCCACUUCGGUGGGACAGGCAACUUCGUCGGCUUCAAAUUCGAGCGAGGCGACUAAUGCUCAGCCCGGUGCUUCUGCAUCCCCGGGGUUGCUUACAGUCAAAAUCUACGGUUCGCAGAAUAUUCAACUACCAAUCAAGAUCAACAAUAACAAGCAAAUACUACACGCAUUGGCCAUAAAUUCAAAUAGUGAAAGUGUAGGACAACAAGUGUUGAAAAAUAUGGCAACAAUUGAGAAGGAGAAUGAUUUGGGUGACUAUAUCCAAGGGUCGAAUGCAACAAAAUUGUUGCCCUCGAUUAUUACAAUCCCAAGAUCAGAAAACUUGGUCAAGUCAUUACUCUAUCUUACUAUUGAGUUUGACAAUAACGUUUUGGUAAUUGAGCCCCAAAAGGGAACUAUUAACCAAGCAACGUGGAAUCAGGUGGUUUCCUUUGAUGUUACAAACAAAUCGCUGAUCAACAAUAGCAACUCCCAGUUUCUCAAUUUGAAUCUUUUCAUUAGACUACCAAACGUAUUGAUUCCAGAUACGGAAAAGAGCCGUAGCAAGCAAUUGUUUACCAAUUAUCAGGCCGACAGUGCCAAUAAGUCAAUGACUUCAAACUCGUCAAGCUCGUCAAGCUCGCAAGUGAAUAUUGGAGAUUUAUUAAUUGGAACAAUUAAAUUGCCAUUGAAUACAAAGUCACAUACACAGCAAGUAAGAUUGAUGCAUCAUGAGUAUUUGAAAUUCACCAAUUACAAUGCUGUUUUGCUGGAUGCUAUUCGUCAAGAUAUGGGUGAAAUAAUGUUGACCCUAGAGUAUAAACCGUUGAAUAAGAAGCACCUUUCAAUUGAUGACUUUGAUUUGUUGAAGGUGAUUGGUAAAGGGUCAUUUGGAAAAGUUAUGCAAGUGGUUAAAAAGGAUACCAAACAAAUAUAUGCUUUGAAAACAUUGAGAAAGCAGCAUAUUGUAUCCAGACUGGAAGUCACCCACACGUUGGCAGAAAGAACAGUUUUGGCUAGGAUUAAUAACCCAUUUAUUGUCCCCUUGAAGUUUUCAUUUCAGUCACCAGAAAAAUUAUACCUUGUUCUCUCCUUUAUCAACGGUGGUGAAUUAUUCUGGCAUUUACAAAGAGAGGGUAAAUUUAGCAUGGACAGAUCAAGAUUCUAUAUUGCGGAAUUGUUGACUGCUUUGGAGAGUUUGCACGAAUUGAAUGUCAUUUAUCGAGAUUUGAAACCCGAAAAUAUCUUGCUUGAUUACCAAGGACAUAUCGCCCUUUGUGAUUUCGGGUUGUGUAAGCUAAACAUGAGCAAUGAUGACAAGACUAAUACCUUUUGUGGUACUCCAGAAUACCUUGCUCCAGAGCUUUUAUUAAAUCAAGGGUAUACUCGAAGUGUUGAUUGGUGGACGUUGGGAACGUUGUUAUACGAAAUGUUGACUGGAUUACCGCCAUUUUACGAUUCGGAUGUACCAACAAUGUACAAGAAGAUUUUGCAAAAUCCAUUGCGGUUCCCGCCAUUUUUGGAAAAUACUGAUGCACAAGAUUUAUUGAUAAAAUUGUUGCAAAAAGACCCCCUGCAUCGAUUGAACGACGCACAAGCAAUUAAGAAUCAUCCAUUCUUUAAGGAUAUUGAUUGGAACAAGUUGUUGAACAAGAGUUAUUUACCUCCAUUCAAACCAAAUGUUGAAAAUCUUUUAGAUACGUCUAAUUUUGAUCAAGAUUUCACCAAUGAAAAGCCUCAGGAUUCAGUUGUGGAUGACUUUUUGACUGAAAGUGUCCAAAAGCAAUUUGGUGGAUGGACUUAUAAUGGAGAUAAUGUGCUAUAG